GCAAUGAGUCGAAAAUAAGCUGCCUCCCCCCCUCCUCCCCCCCCACCCAGCGGUGGUAUGGAGCAGUCAUGAAUGGGGACGGCCCCCCCAGCAGCCCAGACCUGUCCUCCUGCCCGCUGCCCGACUGGAAGGAGUUCUGCGAGCUGCACGCCCGUGCCUCUGCCUCCGACUUUGCUGACAAGUUCCGGCGCUUCCUGAGCGAGAACCCCUGCUACGACUCACCGGGCGCCGACACCAGCUUCUCCCAACACUUCGCCCAGCACUUUCUGGAGUGUUUCUCGGCAGCGCUCAGCCAGCCCCACACCCCCGGCUCCCCGGGGGCCCCCAAGUACAGCAUUGUUCCCUUUGCGGGCCUCCAGGGCUGCCCGCUGCCCUACGGCCACGACUUCUAUCUGCGGCGGAGAGACGCCGGGGCGUCCAGCGAGUCCCUGGACAGCAUGGACAGCGGGACGGGGAACGCCAGCCCCCGGGCUCUCCCGGCUGGGCGCAAGGCGGCGGCGCUGGGCCAGUCACGCAGCACGGAGGACAUGUCGGCCAGGCCCAACCCCAAGGCCCGCUUCAAGAAGGGCUUCUCCCUGCGCAACAUGAGCCUGUGCGUGGUGGACGGCGUGAAGGAGAUCUGGCACCGCCGGGCCUCACCGGAGCCCGAUGCCGGACGCAGGGCCAAUGGGGAGGCGGGCGACCGCUGGAGCCAGCGCCUGCGGCUCUCCAAGGGCUCCCAGGCCCACAAGGCCGAGCUGCUGGAGAUCCAGAGGGAGGGAGCCCUGCGCUACAUGGUGGCCGACGACACCAACUGCAUGGGCAGCUCCCAGUGGCAGAAGUGCAGGCUGCUGCUGAAGAAGGCGGGGCAGCGGGCCGAGGGGGAACGCUUCUUCCUGGAGUUCUACGUACCUCCCAAGUCCUCGAAGCCCAAGGUGAGCGUUCCUCUGUCAGCCAUUGUGGAAGUCAGAACCACUAUGCCUCUGGAGAUGCCUGACAAAGACAACACCUUUGUCCUCAAGGUGGAAAAUGGUGAAGAAUAUAUCCUGGAGACCAUUGACUCACUUCAGAAACAUUCUUGGGUGGCAGACAUUCAGGACUGCAUUGACCCAGGAGACAGCGGGGAUGACAUUGAACUGACAUCCUUCCCUCAUGGCCAGGCCCCCAGGGAGUUCCCCAUGGUGUCCUCCUGCAGCUGUGAACUCCUGUCUGAGGCUUUCCACCGAGCCCCAGCGUGUUUCACAGCAGCUGAACACCAGAGCGCCCCCUUUGUCCGGUGCCGGGACUCGCCCCACGCAGACCACCCAUCGCACGUCCCUUUAGAGCAUUUCCUGCAGUCGCUGGAGGUCCACGGGCCCACAGCAGGUGAGACAGAGACGGAGGCCGACGGCAGCCUGGCUGGAUACCCCUGGUUCCACGGCACACUGUCACGGGUGCGGGCAGCCCAGCUGGUGCUGGCGGGAGGGGCGCGCAGCCACGGGCUCUUCGUCAUCCGGCAGAGCGAGACGCGGCCGGGCGAGUACGUCCUCACCUUCAACUUCCAGGGCAAAGCCAAGCACCUGCGGCUGUCCGUGAACGACAAUGGCCAGUGCCACGUGCACCACCUGUGGUUCCACACAGUGUCGGACAUGCUGCGGCACUUCCACGCCCACCCCAUCCCGCUGGAGUCUGGGGGGUCAGCUGACAUCACGCUCCGCUGCUACGUCCAGGCCCAGCGUCCUCCGCCAGAGCCAGGUGUAUCCCAGCCCCCUGCUCCCUCCAGAGACCCAGCCUGUCGGAGCGACCCUCCUCAACCUGUGCACUACUUCCCUGGAGCCCAGCAGCUGGCCGGGCCCCUUACUGACGCCCCCCUCUCCUCAAGCUCCUCCUCCUCACCAACCGCACUGCCUCCCUUCAGUCGGGGAGAGCUGGGGGGCGGAGGAGGGCUACAAAGCCGGAGCAACAGCUCAGAACAUCUUCUGGGGCCCCCUAGUGGCUCUCCAGAGGACUACCACGAGAAUGAUGGCACGAGGAGGACCAGAGCUGUGGAAAACCAGUAUUCUUUCUACUGACGCCAACAGCACUGAGCUUUCACUGGCUGAGCUGCAAGAAAUACAGAGGGAUACCCCAUCCAGGUUACAGAUUUACAAUGUACCUCUGAUGUAAUGUCAACCAACUGUUUUUCACUUUGUUUCAAGCUUGUUUUUUUGUUAACAAACCAAAUGUACAAGUAACACUGUAAUCCUUCCCUGGAUUUCCACAUAAUGACAUUUGAGAAUAAAUGAUCUCGAGUAGUCUGGAAUAUCUACAACAGUUGGGAAUUCUGAGCUCUGGGUAUUCUGUUUGGGUGCAUUUGUAAACUCUCACUGUUACUGGUGAGAUAAGGUGGAAUUAUCCCAUACACCUACACUUUAACUAGCUGGCUAAAUCCAUUUGAAGAUGGCCAGAGCUAGUGAAACAGGUUUCUAUUUUUCAUAUAGAUGGGGUUUCUGUAAGGGGUAAAUAUUUUACAAAUUUUAUUAGAAAAACAAAACAAAAAAAUACUUGGGUUUCUAUUCAAACUGCAUGCAUGUUGAACUGGAAUGCCCACUGAGGCCAAUAAACCACAUUCACCACAUGUAGCCGUGAACCAUGCCUUUUAAGGUGAGACUACUCUGGCAGCCUAACAUCAGUUUGAGGUGUCCAGAGUACACUCUGAAUUUAAAAAUGAUGCCUCAGAUAUAACUCUGAGGGCGCUAAGAAGUGCUGCAUCCACUCUCACACGGGUGUGUUUGAUGAUGCUGUUUUACUCUUUUCGAAGUUGACAGGGGAAAAGGGGGCCUGGGAGCACAUCCACAGCAUCAGUCCGUCUGGGCCCUCACUCUGAGGCUUUUUACGUCUCUGCAGGGGAGUCUUUCUCAUCACUACUGAGCAGGAGCUUCAGCGACCUUGCAGUUAUUCGUUUUCAACAGAAUUCACUGGUGCAUUUUUACGUUUGUGAAAGCUGUAUGCAGCUGUCUCUUAAUGGUGCCUUCAUCUGUGAACGCAUUGGUGUGACGUACCAUAAUACAGAGGAAUCUGAAAUCAGCCUGUCGAACAGAGCGCGGCCAAAAACUUAGCUGUCAAACCUCUGACAUGUAAAAUUGAUGUUUUUCCUCCUUCACAGUUGCACAGGAACAACACACACAAGAUCAAAUACAAAUAUUGUAUGGUAUUCUGUGGUUGCUCCUCCAGGCACUUGUAUUGAGUACCACGCAAAGAGCUUUCAGGGUCAACAUGUUUUAAAUGCAGCAACGGGUGAUCAGUGGGGCCUGGACAACUGGGUAUUCUGGGUCUUUCAACCCCCCCCAUCCCCCCCCAGCCUGAGUUCCCUCAGUAGUUCUUUCU